CUCUCUCUCUCUCUCUCUCCAUUUGACUCGCUGACGCUGUUUUAAACUUUCUCUGAACUGUUCAAAUUUUUCCAUCUCUCUCUCUCUCGGCAUUUCAAAUCACCAUUUCGAUUCUCCAAGACGCCUCCUUCUCCGACUUUUCAUUCACAACUCAGAGAUUAUCCAAGAAACUGUUUUCUUGGCUGAAAAAUUCAUUGCCAAAUUUUCUUGAAGAUUCUUUCCUCCCCUUUUUUUGGGAUUCCUUGGUGGGUUUGAUUCUUUGUGUCAUAAGGUUAAAAGGUUUUUUCUUUCCCUUUUUUUCUUGACAUCGAUGAGAUCAUGAAGAAGGUGAUCAACAAUCAUUUCUCUUUUCCAAAUUGAGUGAUGAUGUCAAGAUUGUUCAUUUUGACCGUUUGGUUUUUCUCACUGGAGCUUGAUUAGGGUUUAGUUGGGUGAUAUUUUGAGAAUAUAAAUUAAUUAAGUGGUAUGGGUGCAAAAGAAGGUCAAAGUGCUACUGAUUCUUCUAAAGUAGUGGGAGAGAUUGAUACUAGCGCACCAUUUCAAUCUGUUAAGGAUGCUGUCACGCUCUUUGGUGAAGGCUCUUUCUCAGGAGAAAAACCAGCCAUCAAGAAGGCAAAACCUCAUGCAGAGAGAGUUUUGGCCAAGGAGACACAGCUUCACGUGGCCCAGAAGGAGCUGAACAAGUUAAAGGAUCAACUGAAGAAUGCUGAGACAACUAAGGCCCAAGCACUAGUUGAACUUGAAAAGGCUAAAAGAACAGUCGACGAUCUGACCCAAAAACUCAGAAACAUCAUUGAAUCUAAAGAUUCAGCGAUUAAGGCAACAGAAACUGCUAAAAAUCAGGCAAAGGAAAUUGAAGGAGCAAAGAAUGGUGAUGCUUCUGGAUCUGAUGGUGCUAGGAAGCAGGACUUGGAGUCUGCCAGGGAACAGUAUAUGGCUGUAUUUAUUGAACUUGAUGCUGCAAAGCAAGAACUCCGGAAGAUUCGACAGGGAUGUGAUGCAUCCUUGGAAGCAAAGCUUGCUGCCUUAAAUCAAGCUGGAGAAGCAGAACAUGCAGUCAAAUCAAAUGUGGAAAAAGUUAGUGAGCUUUCUAGGGAAAUCUCAGCUCUACAGGAAUCAAUUGGGCAAGUGAAGCUAGCAUCUCUGCAAGCCCAGCAAGAGCAAGCAAAAAUAUUUGCAGAAAAAGAUGUUCUGAGGCAGUCCUAUAAAGCUACGUUGGAAGCAUUAGCAAGUAAACUUCUUGCAUUGAAAAAUGACUUUGAUCCUGAACUUGCCUGGAAUCUUGAAAAGCAACUGGCUGAAACAAUGAAUGAGAUCGAUGCUCUGCAAAAGCAGAUGGAAAAUGCCAAGGCUUCAGAUCUGGAUUUAGUGAAAAAUGUUACUUCAGAGCUAGAUGGUGCUAAGGAGUCAUUGCAGAAGGUGGCAGAAGAGGAGAGCUCCUUGCAAAGUUUGGUGGAAUCUCUUAAGUUGGAACUUGAGAAUGUGAAGAAGCAGCAUUCUGAGUUGAAGGAGAAAGAGGCUGAAACAGAGUCCAUUGCUGGGAACCUGCAUGUCAAGCUCCGCAAAAGCAAGGCUGAGCUUGAAGCAGCCCUUGCUGAGGAAUCUAAAGCAAGAGGUACUUCUGAAGAAAUGUUCUCAACUCUCCACCAGCUAUCAUCAGAAGCAGAGAAUGCACGACAAGAAGCUGAAGAAAUGAAGCACAAGGCGGAGGAGUUGAAGAAGGAAGCUGAAGCAACCAGGAUUGAACUUGAAGAAGCAGAGAAGAAGUUGAGGGUUGCUCUGGAAGAAGCUGAGGAAGCAAAAACAGCAGAGACAAGGGCGAUCGAUCAGAUCAAGGUGUUGUCUGAGAAAGCUAAUGCUGCACGUGCUUCAACUUCGGAGUCUGGUGCCAAGAUCACAAUCUCGAGAGAAGAGUACGAGUCUUUGAGCCGGAAAGUUGAGGAGUCUGACACAUUGGCAGAAAUGAAAGUGGCAGCUGCCUUGGCUCAGGUAGAAGCUGUAAAGGCUAGUGAAAAUGAGGCUCUCAAGAGGCUUGAGGUGAUGCAGAAGGAGAUUGGGGAUAUGAAGGUUGCAACUCAGGAGGCUUUGAAGAGGGCGGAGAUGGCUGAAGCAGCCAAGAGGGCAGUUGAGGGAGAACUUCGAAGGUGGCGUGAACGAGAGCAAAAGAAGGCAGCUGAAACUGCAUCAAGGAUUCUAGCAGAGACACAGAUGUCAUUAGAGUCAUCUCCUCGCCAUUAUAGGAUUCAAAAGCAAAACCCAGCACCCCAGAAAGUUAUUGAGUUUCGGAAGAUGGAGAAAGAUAAUAGGACUUCUGUUUCCAAGAAAGUACUUUUGCCCAAUCUCAGUGGCAUCUUCCAGCGAAAGAAGAACCAAAUUGAAGGUGGAUCUCCUUCUUACCUGCCUGGUGAGAAGCCUGUCUAACACCUGCGUUUGCAAUACCUUUGUGUGAUAAUGAAUGGUUGAGAGGCAUUGUUUAUGUGUUGAUUGUGUGUGUACAAAUAUUUGAAACUAGUGGAAUCAAAUUCUACAAUCUCUCCUCUGUUUAAGGAAGAAAAAGCGAAUAUCAAAAGAUCAUGGUAAGCAAGUUUAGGGAAGUGUGGAUUUUGUAUAGAGACAGACUAUUAGAUUAACGAGUUCCUCCUCUAAGGGUAUGCCUUAAAUUAAUGGUUGAGGAUCUGCAGCAGUAA